AUAAUUGACAGAAUGAACUGAAUUUAAUAAAUAAAGUCCCAUUCACUUUGCAUUUAUUUUUUAUCGAUUCGGAUUGAAUGGCCGAAUUCUGAAAGUAGGAUUGUAAAAGUAGAAAAAUAAAAGAAUGGCUUUGACGAGCUACUCUAAAAUGUUGCCGCGAAUUGCCGGAUUGAAUGUAUCGCGUUCAAUUCGUGGUCCACUUUAUGGGGCGAUUCGCAGUAAAUAUUAUUAUGUUAAUAAAGAAGAAUCAAUGGAAUGGAAAGAUAUUACAGAAAGGGCUAUUGACACAAUUUAUUUUAGUGAACUUAUACGAGGUGUUGGUAUUGCAAUUUCGCAUUUUUUCCGAGAACCGGCUACAAUAAAUUAUCCCUUUGAGAAAGGACCUUUAAGUCCUCGAUUUAGAGGCGAACAUGCACUUCGAAGAUAUCCCUCUGGAGAAGAAAGAUGUAUAGCUUGUAAAUUAUGCGAAGCUAUUUGUCCAGCGCAAGCAAUCACCAUUGAAGCAGAGGAAAGAGCUGAUGGAUCGAGAAGAACGACGAGAUACGAUAUUGAUAUGUCGAAAUGUAUCUAUUGCGGAUUUUGUCAGGAGGCUUGUCCAGUGGACGCAAUCGUCGAAGGUCCAAACUUUGAAUUUUCAACGGAAACACACGAAGAAAUGCUGUACAAUAAGGAAAAAUUAUUAAACAAUGGAGAUAAAUGGGAAUCAGAAAUUGCGAGUAAUAUUCAAGCAGAUCAUUUGUAUCGUUAGUUGAGGUUUUUUUUUUUUUGCAUUGUUAUCUAUAUUGUAAAUGAAAAAAAAAAAUUAGUGCAUUACUUAUAUAUAGGAUUAAAUUAUAUUAAAAUUAAAAAUAUUUGAAAAAAACAAAUAAAAAUGUAGAAUAUUAUUUAA